AUGGAAACUCACGAGUUAGAGAUAAAGUGUUUGGAUUGCGAUUGCGUUGGUUUCGUAAGAAAAGUUAAUAACGAAGUUGUUUUGGUCCCGUCAGAAGAAAAGAUUUUAUUUGAUUAUCAUCAACCACAAAAACUUGGUCUCGCUAAACAUGGUUUCGCAACCCUCCGCCAAAGGUUAACCUAUCUUCUUCUUGGCACUCUAUUUUGGCAGACAAUAAUUUUGAUAGCGAACUUCGAAAGUGUUAAAAACCUUGCUCCUUUGGAAACUUUCAAAACUAAAACCUGCGCGCGGAAUUUUAAAACAUGCCUACUCAACUUUCCAUAUGGUACUUGUUACGAGAGCUUUUCUACUUGUAUGCGAGACACUGGUGAAUUCGUUUAUCCGACAAAGGUGGUCUUGCCCGAGGCGAGAGAAAGAGCUGAUGACGAUUUUUAUACAAAUGACGAGCAGGACGUCAAUUUGAAAAGGUGCAAAAGAUACAACUACUACGAUUUGAAAAUUUGCGAGCAACUUUGCUCGAAAAUCAACGAGGAAGAUGUUGGCUUGUGUCGUCAAAUCUGCGAAUCGCAUUUGAGCGACAACGGGGAAAUGGAUGAAAUCUGCCCUUUUGAAAAACUCUGUGCUGCUGGCUGCCCAUGUUCUUAUUUUCAAUGCGAGCACGUGGAUGUCAAAAAAAUUCCUCUUGUUUGGUACUACAGCGAAAACGACGCUCUUUUCGAACUAACAACUGAUGCCGAUAUACCUUCAACAUCCAUUGGUCGCGCCAGCUUUGAUGCAUCUGUCGACCCACGCUCUCUCAAACUUAAAAAGGGAAGAAAUUAUCUCGUUGAUGCCGAAUUCAACACAUUUAUCCUCGGUGAUGAUGAGCUUGUCGAUAUAGGAGUCGAGUCUCAGGCAUUUUUGUCAAGAUAUGGAGUGACAAAUCGCUUGAUUUUCAAUGGAAAAAGCACCUCCAUCGCCGCCGUCUUUCAGGACGACUUCUACUUCUGCUCGACAAUCAAAUACCCAAACUACUGUUUCUUUUUCGACCCGCUUACCCGCGGACGCAAAAAAAUCCUCGAAGCUCGCGGAAGAAUCAAAUCUCGUGACUACGACACGCGACGACAUGCUUUCGUCUUCGACGGAAAAUUGAACAUUCUAUCCGUCGAUUCUUUACUUAGCCAUAAUAUACAGCUUCAAAGAAUGGAAAGCCGGGAGCGCGAUUGGAGCGAAAGCUAUUACGAAGACCCCCUUUGGGAGAAGGAAUUUAGGAAUGACUCGCAUGGGGUGGAAAUUGGAAUGCAGAUUACUCAAUUGCCAUACGAGACGGUUAUUAAUGACUUCUUGCCGAUUCCAGACCGAAAAGGAGUCCUUUUUGUUGCCACUUUUCGCUGGCGUGAAUUUGAGUUUGGCAGCGACCAGACUUUCGUCAACAAAAACCCUGGGCCCUAUUUUAACACCCAUUCAAAUUUCAGCUUUACAAAAGCAAAAUAUUUUAUCAUCGUGUACCGACUUGCUGCUGGAAGAUUCGUGCGAAUGGACAGAAUGGAGACGAAUUUUGCCUAUUCAAGUGUCCGGAAUCCUUUUUAUAAAGAUAUAAACGCCUUUGAACACUUUGGCGAAAUUAUGAUUUAUGCUAAUUCAGAGGAAGAUAUUUUCCGAUUGAAUUUUGAAUCUGGCGACGAAAAAACCCAUCUGGAGAGAAUCGAGACCCCUGAACUUCAUUUUAUGGGGGUUUAA